AUCAUAUAUGUGAUUGGAACUAAACAGAAAUGAACGGCCACUUGAUGCCAUGGCACAAUCGAAUGAGCUGUAUGAACGGCUACCUACGUAUUGUUCAACUGUGUGGCUUCUGGAAGGUGCUUGCGAUAAGACCUGGAAAUCCUGGGCUAUGACAGACACCAACAAGAUGAUCAUCAACUUGGCUGUCUUUGGCAGGACUCAGAGUGGGAAAAGCUCUGCUGGGAAUGUUCUUUUGGGAAGUGCUGACUUCUACAGUAGCUUUGCUCCAGGCUCCGUAACCAAAGAGUGCAGCCUGGGCCGCAGCUGUCACCUCCAUGGCUUCAUGCGUCGAGGGGGACAAGAGAUCAGCCUUCAGAUACAGGUACUGGACACUCCAGGGUAUCCACACAGCAAGCUGAGCACGAGAUGUGUAAAACAGGAAGUGAAGAAGGCCUUGCUGCAUCAUUUUGGACAAGAGGGUCUCCAUCUUGCUCUGCUGGUCCAGAGAGCUGAUGUGCCUUUCUUUGGACAGGAAGCAUCUAACGCAGUCCAACUGAUGCAGGAACUUCUGGGAGAUUCCUGUAAGAAUUACAUGGCUGUCCUUUUUACCCAUGCAGAAGAACUCGAAGAGGCAGGGUUGAGUGAAGAGGAAUAUUUGCGUGAGGCUUCUGACACACUGUUAACCCUGCUCGAUUCCGUUCAGCACAGAUAUAUCUUCCUGUCCGGAAGAGGAAACUUGUGCAAUGAACAAAGAAUCAAAAUCUUAGAAAGAAUCAUGGAGUUUAUAAAAGAAAAUCAUUUUCAAGUUCUUAGUUUGGCAUAAAAUUUAAGUGAGGAGAAGAGAGCUCCAGGUAUUAAUCAGGGUCAGAAAUCCAAUUUUAUAACCUGCCUUUCUUCACAUGAAUAUGGGGCAUGAGAAUUCCCUGUAUGGCUAUUGAGCCAUUUUGGGGGAAAAAAAGUAGAUAAAAACUAAUAUGAAGGAUAAAAGCUUUCGUGAUAUCAGAAUUAUACUCAUAAGUAUUUAUCCAACAGAAAAGUGUUCAUUUGUGCAAUUAGAAACAUGCAUAUACAAGAAUGCUCACGGUGGUACCAUUCAUCAGAGUCAAAGACUGAAAACUAUCUAGAUGUUUGUUAAUAGAAUAAUAUUCAAAUUGUGGUAUACUAACCCACUGAGAUACACAGUGUGAGGGUGAACAAGCUCAAUCAGCUGUCAUAGCAGUGAUCAACCAUCUAAGUACAACACUAAGAGAAAGAAGCCAGACAUAAAACUCGCUCAAUGACUCCAUUUGUAGAAAGGUCAGCAACAGUCAAAGACUAAUGCAACCUAACUACUCUGGUGUGAAGAAGUGCUGGGUAUCAGCAAAGCAAAAGGAUGCUGUGGGGUAACGGCAGAGAUGUUCGUAAGGCUAGUUCCUGAUCUGGAAGCUGGUUUUACUGGAUGUGUACCCUGUGAAAAUGGAACAAAAUUCCCUGUAAUGUAUGAGCUCAUAACUGUAUCUGUGGGUAUAACUGUGAAAGAAUAAACUUAAUUCCUUUUUAAGAGAUUUAUGUCACUGCUUACUUGAUGCAAGAAAAGAAAGAUUGUGUAGCCAAGCUAGAGUUUGUGUCCUCAUGUACACCGUGUAUACAAUGGGCACUUAAAUAUGUUCUCCAUAGUUGCUGCAAUGAUUAAAUGGAUCGCCAUGAGAGAGAGACUGGAUGUUAGCUUUCUUUUCUGCCUUACCUGCUAGCCCCACUUUGAUUUGUAAAUAUUAAGAAAAACUCAGAGCAAAUCCUUCAGCAAACCCCUAUAAUAGUUCUCGGAGCAGGCUAUUACUGCAGUCUGGACUACAAAGUGGUGACUCUUGUGUGUUUGCAUUGCUAUAAGUACCUGAAUGAUUUGGCCACUUGAGAGAGCUCUUCAGGGUGGUUUUAAUGAGAUGGUGAUAAUGAAAAGAAAGCAAUUGUAGUUAUCAAGAGCCAUGUCCAUCAUCACAAAGGCAGAAUCAUAUCCCUUUCACAUGUGAUUAAAUGUGAAUCUUCCCAGACAGCAGCUAAUUCAUCAACCAUUUUCAUAAAGUUAAUUUGUGGUUUAUUUUACUUCAUUUUGCUUACUGUGAAUAGCCUGUAGUCAUUUCCAUUAGAAGUGGGAUUAUAACUAACGAGUUUCUUCCAAAAGCAGUUCUCAAAGAGCUAGUAUUAUCUGAACCACAGAUAACAUUUAUCAGUCAUCAACUUCCUGUUUGUUAGGUAGACAGCUUCGGAUGGACAGUGACAGACUUAGCCUUAUUUCUCUCCCAUUAUUUUAUUAUAUUGCUGUCAACACCAGACAGACUUAAUUACAAUGGAUGCUUAAUUGAUACAUAGUAUUUGUACAUCUCUAUAGUGUAUUGUGGUAAUUCACUGCUUAUUAUAUAAUAUGUAAUGAUCAAAUCAGGAUAAUAUGCAUUUGACUUCUUAUAUGAAUCAUCAUUUUUAAAUGUUGGGAAUUUUGUACUUCUCUAGUCACUUUUAAAGACAUCAUAGACAAGCUAAGGAUGCACAAGGCCUUAGGUUCAACCUGGUCAAGGCAACACCAAAGCAACAAAGGAUGAACAGGUGUAGGGAAAUGUGAAGUUAAACUGGUAGGUAUACGUUUCAUAUUUGUAUGAUACAGAGCAAUUUUAAUAGAGAACAAAAUAUGUGUCAUCAGUUACAAUAGUUAUAUACUGAGCAGGGUGAGAAGCACCAGAGAUCUCGCCAACUCCAUGAUUCCCACGCUCCUUCAUAUCCAGAAGUUCAAGUUUUCCAUGUUAGCUUGCUUUUCUCCCUUUCUUUCUUUCUUUCUUUCUUUCUUUCUUUCUUUCUUUCUUUCUUUCUUUCUUUCUUUCUUUCUUUCUUUCUUUCUUCCUUUCUUUCUUUCUUUUCUUUAGAUUUCCUGAUAUUAUCAGGUUGAUUUUUCUAACACUUUCCAAUGUUUAUUUUGUAGUUUGGGUAUAAACAUGUUUUCUGCCAAAUAAUAUUGUUACUGAAUUGUCUCCUUUGUUGAAGAACAUGGGUGCUUCUCCUCAUUUGGGCUUAUUUGUUUUAUGUGCCUGUUAUUUCUUGCAUUUUUCUGCCAUUUCUUCUAAUUUUCCUAGUUUGAGAAUGUUGCUAUUUAUCUUGUUUAUUCUCUUUAACUGUUUGGAAGUUUUGCUGGAAUUCAUACUCAGAACAGGAAUCCUGUAUGUUCUCUAUUAUUGCUUGAUAACAAAGUUACAACUGUUUAUUCAACCAAGAAACGUUUCACUGAUAAGCCCUUCAAUUGUGGGUGUUAAGGCAUGCAGAAUACCUUCAUCUCUUCCUUCUUCUUUUCUGCUUCUAUCAUCCUCCCCAUAGAAAAGUUUUUAGGAAUGUUUCUUUUCUUCAUAUAACUGGGUUCUGCAAGACCAUUAACCCAAGACUUCCUUUUAUGGGCUGUCCUGUUUGUUUCAAGAGCCAUUUUAUGCUACUUAAGCCAAACACCCGUCAUAGUUUAAAUUAUUUAUCAGCAUUCACAAUUUCAUUAUGCACUUUCAAAUGAAUCUUGUUUUCAGCUUUGAUUCCUGCCUUUUGCUCUCCAUCCCUGACUUCUCAGUACUAGAAACUUUCAUCUUUACCACUAUUUCCUCUUGUCUUCAUCUUCCUCAAUGUCUCUAGUGAAUGUUUCCCCUCAUAUGCUCUGCAUUCUUGCAUAGUCACUAUUAAAUUCCAAGCAUAUCCUUGAACACACUACUACACAAUAGCAGUAUUGGGUCUUCAUGAUAAUCAGUGUAAUGAAGGAAGGAAAUACUGUGUCUGUUGGGAAUGGGAGUUGACUCUUACGAAUCACUGAAGUGAACUCUUGUUAUUGUGCUUGAGUUGUGCACCUCUUUCUGGAUGACAGUACAUAUAUUUAUCCACAGUCUUAACCAUUUUUUUGGAGAAAACUGCAACUCUCAAGAUACCCAUGUGCGCAGGAUUAGCUCUUGGCAAAAUAAAUGGCAUUCUGGUAGCUA